AUGAAAGAGGAAAUAAGGAAAGAGAAACGGGAAGCUCAAUUCGGAAACAUGAAGUGCAAGGAAGAGCUCACACGAGUAUUGGACUACAUUGACAGUCUACACUAUCACGAUCACGUUGAUUAUACGUUCAUAUACAAACUAUUAGAAGAGGGAGCCGUCACGGCAGGUGGCAGUAUUCACAAUCCUUAUGACUGGGAGGUGGAAUCAGCAAGACCAAUGAGAAAAAGUGGAGUAUAUCAAGCAUGA